AUGGUUGCAGAUGACAAUACUCCAUCUCAUCAACGCCUAAAUAACCACCACGGCUCUACAACAAACGCAAUGACUCAUUCCUCUGAUGUCCAGGGAGAUGUUAAGAAGCAAUUCUACAUCUUCGGCCACAACAUAUCGCACUCUCUAUCACCAGCACUGCACAACGCCGGGUUCAAAACUCUUGACCUACCGCAUCACUACCAGAUUCACGAAAGCGAGAAUGUUGAUGGGUCAGUCGAGAGCAUAAUUCAACGGCCUGACUUUGGCGGUGCAUCCGUCACCUUUCCACACAAGCUACAGAUCGGGAAGUUGCUGGGAUCACUCUCUCCAAGAGGAGAAAGCAUUGAAGCUAUCAAUACCGUUGUUGUAACAGAAGUCGACGGGAAAAGAGUGCUUCAUGGCGACAACACAGACUGGAUUGGCAUCAAGAGAUGUGUUGAGAAAUCUGGAGCUCGAGACUUUGCUUCAUCAUCAGCUUUGGUGCUCGGUGCUGGAGGCGCUGCUAGAGCGGCAUGCUACGCCGUACAGACUCUAGGCUUUGGGGAGCUCAUUGUCGUCAACCGGACCUUGAGCAAGGCUGAGGAGCUAGCUUCGAGGUUCCCUGACCUCAAGACCCGGUCAUUUGCAACAUUGGAGGAGGCUGCCGCUGCAAAGGAUGCUCAGAUCAGGCUGAUUGUGGCAUGCGUGCCGGCUGACGAUCUUGGAGCGGACAAGAUCCCGACUGGCUUGUUCUCAGGGACUGAAGAUGGAGUGUUGGUAGAGAUGGCGUAUAGGCCGCAAGUCACUGGGAUGAUGACAGUCGCCGAGGGAUAUCCUGGUUGGACGGUUUAUAGGGGAGUCGAUGUGCUGGAGGAGCAGGCAUACGCCCAGUUUGAGUUGUGGACUGGAAGGCAGGCCCCGGUUGAGGCUAUGAGAGGUGCUAUGCAGGCGAAGUUGAAGGAGAAGAUAUGA